AUCCCUCGGAAUAAACUCUUUGCUAAGAUCUAUCAAAGGUGAAUUACCCAGGGCCUAGAAUUAGAAGAUUACCAAUAACAGACACAUUAUAAAGUCAACAAAAAUAAACUACUCGCUGCUUGUUAUCAUUAAGGUCUCGAAGCUGCAAAUUAAGCCUAAUAUCUGAGAAGCGUUCCAGAUAAUGUCGCAGCAAGCACAAAUUGUGAAGAAGAAGCGACCAGUAGUGAAAGAGGAAGAUCUAAAGGGAGCGCGGAAUAAACUAAAAAGUAAUAUGAAAGUGCAGGGCAAAACCUACCAGGUGUUGCAGCAAUGCGAGCAAGCGGGUUUUGUGGCUCCUUCUGUGUUCAGCCAAGAGAGAACAGGAGAAGAGACAGUCUUUGCAAAGUCUCAACCAGAUCUGCCGAAGAGCGUCUUUAGCAAAUAAAGACUGUGAUUGUGCACAUCCAUCACAUUUUCACAAUCCUCAAAAUUCAAUUCAAGUGAUUGAGCUGAAAAUGAAAUCCCCAAAUGUCUCCCUAUGGUUAAAAAAUCCGAACAGUUUGCAGAUUCCUAUAUAUAGCAUGUGGAUGAGUCCUUCCUGCCUGUAUUAGUAUAAAUUGCCAAUUAUGUAAUUUACCUGACUUUCCUGUGCGCAAGUUUGAUCAGGAUUUUAACUUUCUUUUUCAUCUAUAAGAUGAAUUAAUACCACAAACACAAUUCACAUUGAAACGAUGGGACAGAAUCCUUUUCAGAUAAAACUUUGCAACAAUGUUCAUCCAAUAAAAGUACCAUAUUAUGGAA